UAUAUAUGCCACCAGAAACAACUUAAGCAGAUAAAAGCAAACUGAACUUUAACCAACAGACUACGGCUGUAAGCAAGUGGGCUCACAGGUUAACAGCAUGGCAAGUGAAGAUGACAAAUGCCAAGCUGUGGUCAAAGCUGAGAUGAGAAUCAGCAAAGCUCAAGAUGCGAGAGAAGAGACAGAGUUAAUUAUGAAGCCCUAUGCCAACUGGGAAGAGUACCUCAUGCCAGCCCCUCUUUCCAUUGCUAUCUUAGGACAACUCAUCUUCAUUUCUGCAGGCCAAGGAGACUUCUCCAUCAACAAGAACCCACCUCCCAAGGGCUUCAAAUACAUCAGUUACCCAGAGUCCUUCAGAGCCUGCUUAUGUCAAGUGAGCAACGAAGGCUGGCAUGCCUUCAAUGAAGCCCAUGUCAAUAUGGACCGGAUCCGACUGCUCACAGCAAGCAUUCCAGGAAGAAUGAAGCUCAUGGUUCAGACUCUCUUCCAGGACAGGGAGGUAGUCAGUGCCAUGCUUCCGGGACAACUAAAGAGCAUGAAAUCUAUAGUAAAGGAGUGUACAACCCUAGCGCAGAAUGUAAGGGGGAAAUAUGAGAAUAUGAUCUCCCUCAUCCAAGAACUCUUGGAAGCCUGUCUAAAUGCCCAAAAAGGUUAUGAAAAUGAGCUGGAAGCGGUGCAGACUGCCCUGAAGCAGGCAAAAAUUCGAGAGGAAACAGCAAAAAAGAAUAUAAAGAUGGCUGAGGAAUAUCACGAUAAACUGAAGAAGCAAACAGAGGAUUCAUUUGAUCAGUAUAAGAAAGCCAUGGAUGAAGUCCCUUCUGGAUGGGAAGCUAUCGGGAUGACGAUUGUGGAGAGUCUGGGAAAUGCAUUCACCGGCAUAGUCAAUGGUUUUGCCAACCUUGUGCAAGGCAAAUUUGGAGGGUCAUCAGAAGAUGCUCCAUCCGGUGGAUCUGACACACCAGACUCAGAGUCACAGAGCCCAUUAUCUGCCAUGACAAUCUGUAAUUUUUCAACUAUGAUGCUGAACUAUGCAACAGGACUCAAGGAGAAUGUUGUUAAGCAGGACACAAUCAACUUUGAGAAUGUUUAUGACAAGAAGACAGAGCAGGUCAAAACCAACUGGGUGAAGAAGGCUUUCUCAGAUUUGGAGAAUAACAUAAGCAAACAGGAAAACUGCCCACCCAAAGAUAAAGCUCUAAAUAUUUGUACAUCUGGUAUAAAAAUCUGUGAGCAGCUAGAGUAUAUGGCAACAGCAGCCCAAACAGGAAAGGAACAAGAAAGAGCUAUCAUUAAGAAUAUUGAAGACCUUUACCAACAAGCAGCAGCAUUUGAUACCUAUAGCAAAGGUAGCCUUGGAGUACCUUCCUUUAUACCAAAGCCACCCAACAUGGCUCAAUGCCAGAAGGAGUCAACAGGAGGAUCUGUUGGGGUGAGAAAUGCACAUCUGAAAGUAGAGCAGAGCAAGGAAAUGUACAAGGCAACCAAAGAGGAAUAUCAGAAGAGCUUUGAGAACUUCAAGAAGCAAAACGAAGAGUUGGCAGAAAUCCUGUGCCUGAUGGAGGAGUUCAAGGUGAAGGAAAUUGAUUUUGAAGCUGCCCUAAAGAUGCUGAAAGAAGGCCUGAAGGCAAUGGGAAAGGUCAAGGAGCAAUGGGAGAAGAUGAUCCGGUUCUUUGAAAUGAUCUCCAAUAUCAUUGACGCUUGCUUAAGUAAGAAGAUUCAUGAUUUCCUGGAAUUUGUGUCAGACGCCCGGCAGAUCAAGGGAUAUUCGUCUAUGUCCUAUGUGAAAGACACCAUCUACAAUCAUGUGUUCAGUGCUUCAAGUGUUGCCCACCUAGUACACAUGAUUGCUGAGACUUAUACGGAGGUAUCUGAUCAGCACUUGAUGGAUCGGAUCAGCAGUCUAGGGAGGCUUCUCACACUGGAACCUAAAGAUCCAGAAUUUAACCUUGAACGGAAUGCAUUGAGCAAAGGUUGUGAUGAGGCCCGCAAGGCCAUUUAUAACAUGGUGGUCGAGAAGAAAGAAGAAUUUGAUAGGAAUUUAGAGGCUAGGAUGAAGAUCAUCGACAGAGAGAUGAAGGCUGUGCUUCCCCCAAUCAGUGUGGCAGAGAAAAAAAUUAUUGAAAAAGCAGUGCAUGAUGGGAGAAAAGACAUGACAGCAUGGGAGGAGAAUCAGUUUGUCUAGAAUAGCACAUCCAGCAGUGCACAAUAUGAUAUGUUCAAUGUCCAGUAGAAUACAAUACACAGGGGCCCAGUAAGGACUUGGAACUGAGAAGUAUUCCAUUCCCAACCAUUAGCAAUCUUCCUCAUACCAUCUCCUCUUGCCGAUGGUGUUUCCUUCCCAUUUUCUUUGCUUCCCAUCUCCUCCUUGCUGGCUCACUUUUCCUUCUCAUUGCCUCCCAGGUCUCUGAUCCUCCCCUUGUAGCCGUUCUUGAAUCCAUCCCCUACUCUGACCUCCUUGAUCUCCUGGUGGAAGCCAUACAAUGUCAGGCACCAGUUUGAGUUCUUACAGCAACCUAAAAUGCCACAGCAAGAUUUUUAUUCCAUGAAGGUUCCCCAUCCCCUGGGCUUCUAAAAACAUUUACCGCAUCUCUACAUAACCCCCUUGUGGAGGGGUUUUUUUUAAAUUAGGUAUAUAAUUCCUCUAUCUCUUUAGCUUCUUUGGGUGAUUCUGCACUCACCUUGGUCCGGGGCAGGCUGCUGUUUCCGCAUGGAGCAAGCGGGCAAUUUAGCACCAGUUGUUCCACGCCGCCAUUUUGUGCGGGGCAAACCCACGAUUUGCACUACCACAGUGUAAACCUGUUUUUUCUGUUUUAUGUUGUGAGCCGCCCUGAGCCUGCCCCGGCGGGGAGGGCGGGAUAGAAAUAAAAAGUUAUUAUUAUUAUUAUAAUUAUAAUUAUUAUUAUAUUAUUAUUAUAUUUCCAAAAUCACAUAUCAUGGUAAAUGGGCUUCCAUACUAAGUUUCUCUGCUGCUGCCACCACCAUCCUAAAGAUCAAGAUCAAACUCAGUUGUGGCUUCAGCCUAACCUGAGAACCUUGCAGGUUAACAGUUAACCUGGACUUUGCAGAGCCAUCUUCUGAUAAAUGAGGCAAAGCUGGUAUGAUUCUGAGUUUAAGCAUUCUCAUAGAAAUUAUUACUUGACCCUACUGAGAAGUUUAAUCAGUGUUGCAUUCUAACCACUACUUAUUUGACUUCAAUGGGCUAGAAAGCAAAAUCACAGCAGUGUGCAGAAAAGCUAGCCUAUGACCUGCAGCAUUUUGAUCAAACUAGAUGAAAUAUUCCUGCAUUUCUUAAAUUGGCAUUCAUUUUAUUUUAAGCAACAAACUGCUAGCUAAGAUACUAUCAAAGUGUUGUCAGUUAUUACGAUCAGAUGUUGUAUUUUACUAUAAUGCAUCUUCUUUGCUUAAUUUACAUAUACCUCAGUUGCAUCUGUCCUUAUGUCUGUGAUAUGCAAUUCUUCUUGUAGACAACCAUUCUGCCAUUUAUUCUCAUUUAACAAAUGUAACUUGCAUGCUUUGAAUAAUCAGUAAAAAUUGUUGAACUUCUAAA